AAAACCUAUACAAAUAGUUAAUCCAUGGGACAAGUAAAUUGAAACGAAAAGAGUAUCAAAUGUGAACACACGGUAUACGGGCCUAACAACUAAAGUUGUAUGUUAAGCUCAUCCUUUAAAGUGGAUAAACCCAAAACCCAAAAACCAAAACCCAAAACCCAAAAAAACGUUAACAAACAAAAAAGGACAAUUCCAAACUUAUUUCUCUAUAUUCCCUAAAAUUCUUCCAUUUCUAUUUAUUAAAGCAAACUUCUUUUUCUCCCCUGCUUCCAUAACACUGCACCACCUGUCCAAAACAAAAAGAACUUUUAUAAAAGGAAAAAAUAAAUUGUUCGAAUGAAGUUCAGAAUCCCGUGUCUUCACUCUUGAGGAGAGAGAAAACUGCGAAAAAAAUGAAAUAAUUUUGGGUUUUCUGGGUGGUUUUUCUGCAAAUUCAUCUCAUGCUACUCGCUUCUAAUUCUUCUAAUCUAGCUUUGCAAGACCAUAAUAACAUGAAGGAAACUGAGGUGUUGUCAGAAGACAGUCGAAUGCAUAUAACCGCAAUUAGCAAGAGAGGUGGAGGUGGUGGUCAUGGAGGUGGCGGUCAUGGAGGUGGUGGGGGUCAUAGUAGUGGAGGCCAUGGUGUUGGCAGUGCAAGUCAUGGUGGUGAAGGAGGAGUUGGCGGUGAUGAAGGCCAUGGAAGAGGAGGGAAGCUUCCAUUCUAUGGAGCUGCUGGGGCAGCAGCUGUUGCUGCUAGAAACAGGGGUCACCACCAGCAGAAAGGCUCGAAUUGUGCCCCUGCACAGCUUGGGUUAACUCUUCCUUCAUCAUUAUUAGGUCUUGGAAUCUUUCUUAUUCGAUUUUAAGCUUACUAGUAGAUGAAUAUCAGAGUGAGACUUCUUAGUUUUUGGGGAUUACGGAUACUCUUAACAAUGCUACAAUCCUUGCUAGGCUUCCGAUCCAUUACUCUACCGGACUACAAGUACGUUUCCAUGAGAAGAUAUCGCCACUUGCUUGAGGAGUGUCUGUUACGUUUGUCUUGGUCUACUCUCUAGUCUCGACUACUUAUACAAAAUAUAUUUAAUAGGCCUUUAACUUUUAAAUUUUACUCAGGUGUGAAUCCAAAUUAAAUCUUUAACUUCUAAAAUUUACUCAGGUGCGAAUUCAAAUUAAAUCUUCUUUUGCACAGUUUGUGUAUCAUUUGUAUGUCAUUCAAAUUUAUUGGUUGAUACGUGGCAUUAGCUCUAUA